GGACCCUACGCGGCUACGCACCCGUUACCGUCCUAUACUACCCCCGGUUAGUGGAUCCACAAUUUCACAGUAGAUCAGCCUGUGCACGAACAGCCAGAACACCGGCUGGCGCCUGAAACACGAGGAGAGUCUGAAGAGAGUCAGUUGAGUGCUGAUCACCGGCGAGUGUGGUUGUAAAUUCCCUGAUGAUAUGAGAAGCUCUCGCUUUUCAAGUUUGAGACCAGUCUGAAAAACUUUGGACAGUAUCAUCAUAAACUAAAGGAAGAUUAUUCGGAUUUAAUUAUUAGACUACAUCUCUUAAAGUUAAUGAAGUUUUGAAAAAGUGUUAGUGCUGACUUGGAUUAUUAAGAUCAGUGUUGGUGUUUGAUUGAGAACAGUGUAGUGAACUUAGUCCUAAGGAUUUGUGGAUUUUUAAAUCAUCUUUUGAUACGUUGGGAGUUUCAAGAUCGAUGCUUGCAGAUGCGAGAAAGAUGAGUGUCCAUCGAAACGUCCACGUGGUGGAGACAACGUGCGAACUCUCCGCUUUAAUGAAAGCCGGUGUUAUGGCAGGCUCAGACAGAGACGCCGGGUUUUGCAGUGGCGCAGACGAGGACGACAUGUCAGGUUUGCACUCACCAAGUGCUUCCGAGGACAGCGUGGAGGUGCAGGUUUCGCCAAUUUCCCUCCGAAACAAAAGGAAACUAGCCGAACCUAGAAAAAUCCAGGAACCCUGUACUGCUCCAAUAAAGAAGAGAAGAAGGUUCGAGCUCAUCCAAGAAACGGCUGAUGAUGAAACUCGGCCUGCAACUUCUCCCUCGCCGAGUCCCUUCAGGCCCUGGAGCUCCUCGGCCAAAACUUGUGAGACCAAGUCUGUUACGAAACCUGUUGCACUUGUCUCCUGUUUUAAAGUUGAAAAAGAAAACAGGAUAGAGGAUCAGGUAAAAGUCGAAGUAAAGGAGGAAGACGAGAGGGCACCUAAUGGAGAAUUGAAAAGAUUUGAGGAUCUACAUAGGUACGAGGAGCAGAAGAGGCGUGGAGAAGAGAAGAAGAAGGAACUGAUUUUUCAAGAAGAAGCCCAGAGGCGACGUGAAGCCCGGAUCCAGGAGGAAAUCCUCCAGAGACUUCAGGAGAGUCACCACAGACCAAUUUCCCCCUCGCAAUCUUCAACCAUUUCCUCAGUCUACUCUUCCCAGAGGCGAGAACCGCGUCAGAGGUUCGAACCUCCCCCACCACCACCGCCUCCCCCAGCAUCAGUCAUCCUCCCUCACCCAAGGCUUCAAGAAGAACCUCUUUCCCUAGUCCUUAGAGGUGAGGUUCCUAGAGUACCUUCUCACCCUGACGUGAGUGGUUCCUUUGAGAGGCCACCGACCUACCACGUCGAUCAAGUCUUAUCGCCACAUCCACAGGGUCAAAACCACCAGAUGACAUCCAAUGGUCACGCGAGGCAUAUCACCAGCGGUCAGCAGAGAAAUUACAAGAACAUGACCCGGGAACGAAGGAUAGAGGCGAACGCUAGGGAAAGGACGAGGGUGCACACAAUCAGUGCUGCCUUCGAUACUCUCAGGCGAUCAAUUCCCGCUUAUUCCCACAACCAGAAGCUCUCCAAACUCUCGGUCUUGAGGAUCGCGUGCAGCUACAUCAUGACCCUGAGUAAAAUAGUCAACACUCCCGAUGGAGAAUCUGAAAAUGGGGAUGCCCUAGGUGCCUGUGUUGAUCUCGUGUCCAAGACGAUACAGACGGAAGGCAAACUUAGAAAGAAGAAGGACGAAUGAGUGCGUUUAUGAAAAAAGUGAUCCAAUUUUGAAAAUAGAAUACCUGGUCCUCCUCUCCUCGAUAAUGCUCAAUGCUGUUCUCGCCAACUUGCCUAGGUGAUAAGUUAGACCUGUAGGUCAAGUGCCAAUGUUUAACAAUACUUUUAGUUUUAUUUUUAAUAAUACUGACAGUAAAUCUGGGUUCCUAGUUCUGAUAGUAGAGACGAUUAUUUGUAGAUACCAAGGUUUUCUCCUUUUCUGCUCGUCAGUAUUUCCGUUUGAUGCAUUUCAGCUAUCAUUGCGAGACAAUAUAUUCUUUCUAUAAGGAUUUAAUAAAAUAUCUUCCUUAGAGCAGAAAAUUAAAAAUGUUCAAAUACAGAAAAUUCUUUCCUCAAUAGCAAUUAAGCAUGUUCACACUGUAACGUAAAAAUUGCAUCUAAUUGCAAUAUUUUCUUCUGUGGAUUUACGACUGAAUGCCAAGUACAAAGCUGGGGCUUUGCUGUAGUGAGGUGAUUAAAGGGAGAGUGAGAGAUCAUAUGGGAGACAGGAAUGUAUGAAAUUAUAAAUAUGUAAAUAAAUCUGAAAAUUGCCGGCAUAGCCUUUAUCGUGUUAUGAAUAGAAAAAUUGUAUUUGAUAAUAUGCAUUCGUAGUUAUGCAGAUAAAAAAAAUAUAUAAAUAUAUUAUAAACAUGUGAACAAUGUGCAUGUAUUUUGCCUGGGAAUGGCGGUGUCCUGUAUGUACCUUUUUAUUGAUAUAAGAGAAACCUCACGUUUAAAUCAAAAGUUCGACUUAAUAAAGGUGAAAUUAACUUGAUAUUAAU